AUCAUUUUAUACUUUCUCUCCCAAAAAGACCUAAUUUAAGUCUAAUUAUUGUAUAACAAGCACAAUUGUUUUAUAACGAAAAAGUAAAACUAAAUUCAAACUUAAGAACGAAAAAAUAUUGAAUUUCUAUUCUCUUUAUUCCUAUAUUUUAGAAAUAAAAAUAUGUUUUAUUGAGUUGUACAUAUUUAUAUCUAAUUAAUAAAUAUGAGUCUAAAAUUUGCAAGUAAUUUGUCUUUCAUGUUUACGGAGGCAACAGCUAUUACUGAAAGAUAUAAAUUAGCAAAAGAGGCUGGUUUUAAAGCAGUAGAAAGUGGAUUUCCAUUUGGUUAUUCCGUUAAAGAUGUAUCAGAAGCUAGAAAAAAGGCAGAUAUUGAGCAAAUUCUUAUAAAUGUAUACACAGGCGAUGUAACGAAAGGGGAACUAGGAUAUGCAGCAAUACCUGGAGAAGAAGAAAACUUUAAAAAAAGUAUUGACCUAACGGUGGAAUAUGCAAAAGCUUUAAACUGCUCACGAAUUCAUGUAAUGUCAGGAAAAGUAAAUCAACCAAAUGCUGUUAAUGAUAAAGUAUAUUUAAACAAUCUCUUAUAUGCAGUGGAGAAAUUUCAAAAAGAAAAUAUACUUGGUCUUAUUGAACCUAUAAAUAAUAUUACUGUGCCAAAUUACUACAUGAACAGCUUUCAGAAAGGUUUAGAAGUAGUAAAAACAAUAAAUAGUCCAAAUCUGAAAUUACUAUUUGAUAUUUUUCAUCUACAACAGAUUUGUGGUAAUAUUACAAAAAACAUUAAGGAACUUUUACCAUAUAUAGGUCAUAUACAGAUAGCACAAGUUCCUCAUAGACAUGAACCUAAUACUCCAGGAGAAAUAAAUUAUAAAUAUAUUCUUUCAACAUUAGAGCAGGAAGGAUAUAAUGGAUAUAUUGGAUUAGAAUACUCUCCCAAAUUAAGUUCAAGAGAAGGAUUAGGUUGGAUACAAGAAUUUGGCUACAAGUUAUAAUUUUUACAUUUUUAAACAUUUUCAUCUUAAGUGCAAAAGUCACUUUAUUUUUUAUUUCGUUUAAGA